CCGCUCUAUCACUCAUGACAACAACAAUGGCAGCAAUCUCCUUCCCCAAGGUGUCUCUCAAGGAGAGCCUCGACCGCCCGCCCGGCGCUCCCGCCUUCGACCUCGGCUUCGCCGCCUUCGAGGCCAAGAUGCUCGCCUUCACCGAGGCGAUCGAUGCCUACGUCUUGCGCGAGAAGGAGGCCAUUUCGCAAAGCGCGGCGCAACAUACCGCCACGGUGCGCGACCUCCACGCGAGCAAGGAGGAGAUGGAGGCGCGCAUCGUCGAGACGCGUGCACGAGAGCGGGAGAUGCUGGACACGAUCGAGGCUGAGCGGCACCACCUCGCUGACCUUACCGCCAGCGUGGGGCGGCUGCAUGCGCAGCUGGCCAAGAUCCGGGAGCAGGCGUCGGCACUGGAUGGAGAAUUGGCGGGUGUGCGGCGAGAGGUUGGCCUCGAGCGCGCCGUCAAGGAAAGGCAGGUCAAGAUACUCGGCGAUAUGGCGGGCACGGACGAGGCGCAGCUCGCUGUUCUCGAGGGCGCGCUGGGGCUCAAGAUUGCGGGUGUGGGCGACUGCCGACUCCUGUUCACAUUCACGCUCAUCGACGAGGCCAAGCCCGACCGGGAGUUCUGCUUCGUCCUUGACGUUCAGGAAGAGUACGCCAUCCCACAAUGCGAUCCACCCAUUGCCACAGGCGAGCUCAUUGCCCAACUCAACGCGGACCGAAAUCUGGGCGCGUUCGUGCGACGAGUACGCGCCGCGUUCGUAGCGCACGCCGCGCGAUAGUUCCUGCCGUAGACCUGGACGCCAAUGUUGUACACUUGUAUCGCCUAUAAUCAGUCUCGGUUGCACUGAAGGAAAGCAAGAGGAAUAGAUUGUUCAUCGCGCCUGAACGGCGCUUUUUACUCUGGCGCAUACUCGAUGUCGCCGUCAAAGUUUACACGCCCGCGCGUCACCUUCUCGCCCUUGGCCUUGACGAGCUCCUCGACCGUCUUGUGCU